GCCGCCCGGCCCUCCUCCGCGGGUCGGCGUGCGCGCAGCCCGCAGCCCCCGGCCCGGCCAUGCGCGGGGGGCGCAGCCCAGGGACGCCGCGGGGGUGAUGCCAGAAGGAGCCCGGCAUGCCGUACCUGGACCGACAGAACCGUAUCUGCGGGUUCCUGGACAUCGAGGAAAAUGAGACCUGCGGCAAGUUUCUGCGGAGGUAUUUCAUCCUGGACACCCAGGCCAACUGCCUGCUGUGGUACAUGGACAACCCGCAGAACCUGGCCAUCGGUGCGGGUGCUGUUGGAUCUCUGCAGCUGACCUACAUCUCCAAGGUCAGCGUUGCCACCCCGAAACAGAAACCGAAAACUCCGUUCUGCUUUGUUAUCAAUGCGUUAUCUCAGCGCUACUUCCUGCAAGCCAGUGAUCAGAAAGACCUGCAGGACUGGGUGGAGGCUCUCAACCGGGCCAGCAAGAUCACGGUGCCGAAGGGCGGUGGUGUCCUGCCUGCUGCAGAGAUCACGAAGCCCCCGGCGGUGCCGCAGGCGCAGGAUAGGAAGCCUCAGGUUGCCUACAAAACCGAGAUCAUCGGGGGCGUGGUGGUGCACACCCCCAUCUCCAUCAACCAGAAUGGAGGGGACGGGGCAGAGGGCAGCGACCUGGCCGCCCACCCGCUGCUGCGGCGCUCGCAGAGCUACAUCCCCGUCUCGGCCACCAAGCCGCCCGCCGGGCCCCCUGCCAUCAAGAGCGGCUACUGUGUGAAGCAGGGGAACGUGGUGAGUGCUGGGUGCCUGCGGGGUGGCUGGCGUUGGGCUGCUGCUUCCCCUGGCUCAGGGGUGCUCCGGAUGCCACCAGCAUGUCCCUGGCACGGGGAGAGCGCAGGGCCCCAGCACCGAGGGGUUUCCUCAUCUGUUUUCCAGAGGAAGAGCUGGAAGCGCCGGUACUUUGUCCUCGACGAAUUUUCCAUCAGUUACUACAAGUGUGAGCAGGACAAGGAGCCCUUGCGUUCGAUUCUCCUGAAGGAUGUGUGCAAGACCCACGAAUGCCUGGUCAAGUCUGGUGACCUCCUGAUGCGGGACAACCUCUUUGAAAUCAUAACGAGCUCCAGGACCUUCUACAUCCAGGCGGACAGCCCCGAGGACAUGCACAGCUGGAUCCGCGCCAUCGCAGGGGCAGUUCAGGCCCUGAAAACCCGCCCGAGGGAAAUCUCCUUCAUGAGGUCCUGCUCCAUGACCAAGCCAGCCCCUUCCCAGCAGAGGCAGCCGGCGGAGGAGAGGAAAGCGCUUUGCAAAGCCCCCUCGACCUCCUCCUGGCAGCCGUGGACGCCGGUGCCCCAGGCGGAGGGGAAGCAGCCGGCGCUGGCGGAGGUGCCCGUGCAGAUGAGGGACGCGCUGUUUGUGCCGGCAUUCACCGAGCGCGAUGUCAGUGCUGUGCCGGGCCAGCGCCUGCGGCACAGGUCGGAGCCGCAGCACCUCAAGGAGAAGUCCUUCGCCUUCGACCUGGACGAUGAAAGCAUCCGGACCUCCGACGUCUGACGGCGCCGAGCCACGACGCGGCUGCAGGGCGCGGGGACUUUGGGACGCGUGGCCGCUGCCGCGCUGGUGGGGCUGGAUGAGCUGGUCUCCUCGGUACUUCUGCCCAGCCCUUGGGACCUAGCCUGCCCCGUCGCCUCGGCUGGGACGAGAUUUGGCUCCUUUUCUCCACCGCCACUCCUUCACGCGGCGCUGGGCUGGGCCAGACACACUCCCUGGUGCCUGUGCUCCGCUGGGAGAAGUGGGGCUCCCGUCCUGCUCGCCCCUUGGUUGUGUCUCGAUGAGCCCGGGGGCCGUGGUCUGGCAGCGGCUGGCUGAGGUAGUUUGGGGUUUUGGCAAGCCGCCUCCACCCCGGGCGCUGCGUGCCUCCUGCACGGGGUGGGAAGCGCCAGCUCCCCACUGCCCAGUGGGGGGGUGUCCUCUGCAGCAAAUGCAUCAUUUCUCCCCAAAAACAGCCCUGGAAGAAACAGCAGGAGGACUCAGAAGCAGGAAAGGGGGGGAGUGAGGUGGCCUUUCUCGUUUCUGGAUAAAUGUUUUUCUCCCCUUUUGUGCUGCUCAGUCUUCCCCCGGCACAGCCAGGGAGCCGCACCACGGUGCAGCUGCGCUCGGAGCAGGAGAAGCGCUGCAACUUUCAGCGCUGAUGACAUUUUUUCCAGGAGACCAGCUCUUUACCCUGCUCGACUAAUGGUGUAUUGGCAAAUCUGUUUGCUUUUAAUUCCUUCUUUUUAUAUCUGUCGCCACUGCUAAGCUCCAGCAGACUCCCUGCUCAAAGCCCUCUGCAAGGUUUUAGUGAUUUUUAAAUGGGAGCUGCUUCUGGGCAGGCUGCCGGUGCCGCAGCGACUGGGGGGCAGGAGUAUCCUCAGGUAUGUCUUCAGUUCUGCACUGCAUGCAUUUAGGCACCAAAGAGACGUGCCUGAGUGGUGAAGUGCUUUUAAGAAAAAGCAACAAAAGCCGAGUGUUUAAUGAAACUCGGAAGACUCGUCCAACUGGCCUGUUACCCGCCUUGAAAUGAAAAUGAGCAGAACCUUUUUAAGCAAUGUGAGCCGGCCAUUUCCAUAACCAAAUAGGCUCAUGUAGGAGGUGUGACAAAUAGCACAUAGAAAAUUGAAGUGAGAUUGUCCGAUAUCUUCACCCCAACUACGCCUGUGUAAUGCCUUGGACACCGAGAAGCAGCACGCCGUUCCUGGCUGCUCACUGAGGGCAAUAGCUUGCGUGGCUGUGACUUUGUGAAAGCUGCAUCCAGCCCAUUGAAGCCUAGGUGCUGCUUCAGCCUCAUUUCGAGGGUCCCUGUCCAGGCCUGAAUCACACCCAGAACGAGGAUUGUGCCAUCUCUGUUCCUCCGGAUAUCUCUGAGCCGAGUGCACCCCCCCCCCAGUGCUCGCUGGAACCGAGCUGCCCCCGACACAGGCACGCUCACUGCUGUCUGAUAAACCAGGGUGGCAAGUGUGGGAACUGCACGGCAAGCCUAGCAGUGCAUGGAGGGCUCUGGAGUUAGCAAGGCUUCCCUUCACUAUGUACUAGUUGUUAUUUUUUUGUCAUUACGUGUUCUAUGCUUUGCAAAAUCUGCUUAAUGUGCUCCCCAGAAGCAAAAACGCUGAUUUGUCCCUGCCCUUUCCAGGUCUCCAGCUGCUUAACAGCUGUGCUUUAACCCAGCUCAGACUCGGCCUGGGAUCGAGUGGGGUUUUAUCACCGCCAAGCUCCGAGAUGUUGGUUAGCCCCGCUGAUCUGAGCGGGAUCAGAAUCGCCUCCUCCUGCAUCCAUCUCGUUCAGCCGAGCUCUGCUGGCAGUCCCCAGCAGAAGCAGCUGCUGGGCUGGACAGGGUGGGAAGGCUGGGUGCAGGCCCACGGCCCUGCCUCGCCGCACAUCUCCGUGAGGUUCGGGGGUCUGCCGAGCGCUGGUGUUGGAGACGAGGCCCAGAGGGGAAUUUUGUAGCUUGGCCGUGCCCUGCGGGUUUUCUCUCCUGUCCCUUCGCACCAGCCUGCACCAACCGUGCUCUGUACAGAAAGCGUGGUCGCUUUGGGGAGGCUUUGUGCUCAGGCCUGCACCUUUGUACCCGCGGCAGGACGGGGACGCGUGGCUCCGAGGAAGGGGAGGCAGUGGCAGUGCCUGGGGCAGGCGCGGUCUGAAUGUAGAGGCGUUUUCGUUUUUCACGGAAUCAGUUGACCAACACGUGACUUGAUAGCAGUAUGUUGUCAGAUGGCAUUAUUUUGCUUUCCCGUGGUCUGUUCUAGUCCACGAGGAGCAGCUAAAGGUACACUUUAUACAGCCUGCGUGAGGCGGCGAAUGGGGCCUCCCGAAUCCGGUGGGCGAGAGUGGCUCAAAGGGGUUUUGUGUGGGAAUCCUGGAGAAAAUUGAAACUAUGAAAAUGAGUGGGAAUCGAUGCAAAUGUUACUGGGAGAAUGUUAAUAUUUGUUAUUUAAUUGUAGAAACCUAGGUUAUGCUCUUCCUUUCCCUUUUUGCUUUAUUUGCACUAGUGUUUGAAUUUUUUUCUCUAGGCUGACUUGCUGUUUGGCUAGUUAGAUGUUCUCUUUCAAAAAAUGUUUUAAUAAUUUGGUAAGACUAUCAAUCAUAAAGUUACAGCACUUAGUGAUAUCAGCACUCUGACGUCAUUUCUGGAAAACAUUAAAUGCACAGGGACGAUGGUUACUUUGUGCAAGGCUUCAAAAACACAGAGUACCAAGUAUUUUUGUUGCUUGAUAAUUGCAAAGUUUCCUCGGGCCUGGGAUGGUAAAGCAGAAGCUUGUUGCGCAAUUACAGUUAAUUAUCCAGGAGGAGAAGCUACCAGUGGCUCCAGUGCGGUUGCAACAUUCUCGUUUCUCUCAUUCCCACCCUCCCUCCGUCUUCAGGACAGCGUGACGGCCUCGGCGGUGGCACGUGAAUGUGGGACUAAAGCCAGCGUGCUCAGAGCCAGCCCGAUCCAUGAUGGUGAUCCCCUUCCGCAGGUGGGGUACCGGCGGGGAAUUUCUCUCCUAUCCCAAGGACAGACAGAAACACAGCCAGACCUCGAUCGGUGCCCCGCGUCCUGUAGGUUUGCCUCUUGGCACUCUGGUGAUGGGGUGAAUGCAUUGCCCUGGCAGCUGCCCCGUGUCCAGCGUGGGCCCCUUGGGAAAUGAAGUUUGUGCCAAGUUUUCCCUGCUUUAGUAGAGAGUGCGGGUUUAAGGUGUCUUGUACAGAAAGAGUGAAGUGAGGAAUGGGUUUGCUUUUUCUGUAUGAAAACUCCCAAAUGGUUUCAGCCAUCGGUCAGUGCUGGCUACAUGCUCCAAGUGCUCUUAGGGACCGGGAUCCCUCGCUGGGCGAUGCUCCACAGCCCGUGGUGUCGAUCGUCUGCCUCUCGCGUGUAAAUGCUGGCUGCAGGAGAUGGAACUCCCUUUUUUUGCCCUGUGUUUUUAAAUAAAGAAAGAAAUCCCAGUUGCUUUUC